UCUCAUGAUUUUAAGCAGGUAUUUGAGGCAAAAAUAUUUGUGGGGCUGUCUAUUAGGUGUGAUCUUGUCAUUUUUGGUAAAAUGGGAUCCAAUAUUAAUGGUAAUCAGCUUAGUUCCCCAACAAAUCAACCUUGUGCAGCCUGCAAACAUCAGAGAAGAAGGUGCACACCAGAAUGCCCAUUAGCACCAUUUUUCCCUCCUGAUCAAGCAAGAAGAUUUUAUGCAGCUCAUAAGGUUUAUGGGGUGAGUAAUAUUUUGAAGAUACUUAACCAGUUGGAUGCAUUUCAAGAUAAAAAAGUGGCAGUACAGUCCUUGUGUUGGGAUGCUGAGUGUAGAAUUAGAGAGCCUGUGUAUGGCUGUAUGGCUUUUUACAAAAGGCAGAAGGAUUAUUUUAGGAAUGAAUUGCAGAAAAAGCAGAUGGAAGUAGAGUUUUAUAAAAAGCUUCUUCAUUCACAGCAUGGGAUAAGAGUAGAAGCAGGGGUGAGGAAUCCCCAAGAAGAAGACCAACAAGAAGAUUUCAUACAGAGUAAUGAUUAUUCUCCUGCUCAGAGGUCUCAAAGCAAUACUUUUCUCCUCUGUCCACAAGAUCAUAGCUCUUUGUUUCCAAUAUGUAGCAGCAUGGAGAUGGUUCAGCCUCAGGCACCUCCUCACUACCAUCAUCCUCAUUAUGUGCAGCAAGGUAUUUAUCUUAGUUGUUUUAUUGCUUCCUAA